AUGGCGUGGUAUUCGUCGGGCGGGAGCAACGCGGAGCUGGUGGAGAAUUUGUGGAGGAAUGGGUUGAUUAAGGAGGAGAGAGUGAAGGAGGCUUUUCUGAAGGUCGACAGAGCCCACUACGCCCCCACCUCCCCCUACUCCGACUCCCCCCAACCCAUCGGCCACGCCGCCACCAUCUCCGCCCCCCACAUGCACGCCACAGCCAUCGAACACCUGCUCCCCUCCCUCCUGCCCUCCCCCUCCCGCCCGGCCCCCCGUGUCCUCGACAUCGGCUCGGGGUCAGGCUACCUCACGCACGUGCUCGCCGAGCUCGUCGGUUCCGAAGGCGGCACCGUUGUCGGUCUCGAACACAUUCCCGCCUUGCGCGACCUCGGCGCGCGCAACAUGGCCAAGUCCGCUGAAGGCCGCGACUUUCUCGAGACAGGCCGGGUGCGGUUCCGUGUUGGUGAUGGGCGGAAGGGGUGGCGCGAGACGACAAUGGGGGAGGAUAAGGAUGAGGGGAAGUGGGAUGCGAUUCAUGUGGGGGCGUCGGCGAGGGAGAUUCAUAAGGAGUUGAUUGAUCAACUGAGAAGUCCGGGACGGAUGUUUGUGCCUGUUGAUGAUGAUGAGAUGGGGCUGGGGCAGCAUGUGUGGUUGGUGCAGAAGGGGGAGGAUGGGGAGGUUAGUAAGAGGAGAUUGUUUGGGGUUAGGUAUGUGCCUUUGGGGGAUCCGCCUCGGGCUUGA